AUGAUCAGCGCCGAUCCCGACGAGCCUCUCCACGUCCUCGACCUCCCCCAGGUCCAUACCAAACCAUCCGGGACUGAAAUCAUACGAGCUCUCGACCUCCUGGCCAUCAAACCGCGGAGUUUCAGCUCCAAUGCCCAGGAAGCGGUGAAAAGGCCCGCCGUUCAACCGGCGGGGGUCACUCGUUAUCUGACAUCGUUCAUCUCCAGUUCUCUCUCGUGGCUGGAAACCGAUGAGCUUCGGGAAGCUGUAUGGGACGCGGCCGCAGCUCGAUUGAGCGAACGUUCAGGCCGAUCCGCAAUGCCAGCUAUGUCCCGCGUCUUUGCAAUCCCAAGCCCAUGGGGCGAAGAACUUACCCUGACACUCCACGAGCCAUCCUUGACGGCCGACAACCUGGGAAUGAAAACCUGGGUCUCUUCGUACCUCCUCUCUCGGCGCCUCCACUCUCUCCUUGAUUCCACCCCGCAACUUGUGCCCUCCACAUCCACCACCCACAAGGCCGACCGGACGCUCCGCGCCCUGGAGUUGGGAGCAGGCACAGGCCUUGUCGGCCUGUCCUUCGCAGCCAUUCGCGGCUCCUCCGCCUCGAUCCACCUCACGGAUCUGCCGGAUAUCGUGCCGAACCUAUCUCACAACACCGCUUUGAACGUAGAACUCAUGAAGAAGACUGGCGCGACGGUGACGACGGGAGUCCUGGACUGGUCUGUCGCACCUACUCCCCUCCCCACACCGGCGGAACAGUACGACGUUAUCCUCGCAGCCGACCCGCUCUACUCACCCAAUCAUCCGAAAUGGCUGGUCGAUACCAUCACGCACUGGCUGAGUCGGGGUCUUGAUGCACGGGUCGUGCUUGAGAUGCCUCUCCGGGAUGCGUAUUUGCCGCAAGUGCAAGAACUGCGGGAGCGGAUGGGAAAAUUAGGCCUCGCAGUUGUCGAUGAGGGAGAGGAGAUCGGGUACGAUGAUUGGGAGACGGCGGACGGGGGUGCGCUCGCUGUCCGAUGCUGGUGGUCGGUCUGGGGAUGGAGCGAGAAGCUCUAG